GAUAAUGUGGAGGACAUGCUAUCUAAAAAGUUAUUAAUAACACAACAAGAGGUUCUAAAGCCUCUUCUCCACAACUCACUCUGUUCCUUUGCCCUCGGACGGUCACCUCGCAUCCCUGUUAGUGAAAGAAAGGACCUCUGCUUUUGCUCUCGUCCACUCCAUCUUGGUCCUCAGAUUCACCGCCGCACACCCGAACCUGCCCCGCCAUGUCGGACAACGAGGAAGUGGUGGAGGAGUACGAGGAGGAGGUGGAAGAAGAGGAGGCCGCUGAAGAGGCCCAGCAGGAGGAAGACAAGCCUGCUGCAGACGAGGAAGCUGACGGAGAGCAAGAUGGAGACAGAGAAGCAGAGGACGGAGGAGCUGUUAAACACACACAGACUACAUUGUCAGUACUUGCCGGAGAUACCUGGCAGGAUUGGAAGAUGUUUUGGUGUGGCCUUGGUGAACAUGUGUCAUCUGCGUCUUCUCUUGCUCUUAGAAGAAGAGGAGGAGGAGGAGGAGGCCAAGCCAAAAUUCAAGCCAUUUAGCAUGCCAAACCUCAUUCCUCCUAAGAUCCCAGAUGGAGAGAAAGUGGAUUUUGAUGACAUCCAUCGUAAGAGGAUGGAGAAGGACCUGAUGGAGCUCCAGACAUUGAUCGAGGUUCAUUUCGAGAGCAGGAAAAAGGAAGAAGAAGAGAUCAUUCAUCUCAAAGAAAGGAUUGAGAAGCGUCGCUCGGAGCGAGCGGAGCAGCACAGAAUCCGUAGCGAGCGAGAGAAAGAGCGUCAGAAGCGUCUUGAGGAUGAGAGAACUCGUAAGGAGGAGGAGGAGGCCAAGAGGAAGGCAGAAGAUGACGCAAAGAAGAAGAAAACCCUGACCAGCCUCCACUUUGGGGGCUAUAUGCAGAAGUUGACAGAGAAACGGAGUGGUAAGAGGCAGACGGAGAGAGAGAAGAAGAAGAAGAUCCUGAGUGAAAGACGCAAAUCUCUGGACAUCGAGAACAUGAGUCAAGACAGACUCAAGGAGAAAGCUAAGGAACUGUGGGAGUGGAUGUACCAGCUGGAGGCAGAGAAGUUUGAACUGCAGUACGAAUUCGCCAUGCAGAAGUAUGAGAUUAACGUGCUGAGGAACCGUGUGAGCGACCAUCAGAAAACAUCCAAGAGGACUAAGAGAGGCCUGAGGAAAUAGGACAAAUGAGCAGCCCCAUCCUGCAACUAAUACCUUAAAACAAGGCCUGGUUUUUCUGCCACACCCAAGAACCCCUCCUAUUGCCCUAAUUCCACCACCUAUACUGUAAAUUUUACCUUCAUGUCCCUCUGUGGUUUUCUCCUUUCCCACCCCCCAUCCUUUGAACUGAGAGGAAGGAUUUAUGAAUGUAAAUAAAACCAUCUCAAUUCAUCGGC